AUGUCAGGGCGCAAGGAUUUCCUGAGCCAGCCGGCACCUGAAAACUAUGUUGCUGGGUUGGGUCGUGGUGCAACCGGCUUCACAACUCGGUCUGAUCUUGGACCAGCGCGAGAAGGCCCUACGCCAGAGCAGAUACAGGAAGCUCUUGCAAAACGCGCGGCACUACUAGGCACUGCGCCCCCAACUGCGUAUGGUGCUUCAACACGAGGAGAGAAAGGAGGGAAGGCUGAAAAGGAGGAGGACGAUAACGACGAUCGAUAUCAAGACCCGGAAAAUGAAACUGGUCUUUUCGCUUACGGCCAGUACGACAGAGAGGACGAUGAGGCGGAUCAAGUAUACCAGGCGGUUGAUGAGAAGAUGGAUAAAAGACGCAAAGCAAGAAGGGAAGCUCGAGAACGUCAAGAAAUGGAAGAAUAUGAGAGUAAAAACCCGAAAAUCCAACAGCAGUUCGCAGAUCUCAAGCGGUCGUUGGCCUCAGUCUCUGAUGAGGAUUGGGCGAAUAUUCCUGAAGUCGGGGACCUUACAGGCAAAAACCGACGAGCACGGCAAAAUCUACGCCAAAGGUUUUACGCGGUUCCAGACAGUGUGAUAGCAAACGCGAGGGAUUCGACGGGAUUUGAUACCACUAUCAGCGACGAUGGAGCAGAGUCACACGUUCCUCGGGGUGAAAAUGCUGACGGCACGAUUACCAACUUUGCAGAUAUAGGUGCUGCCAGGGAUAAAGUUCUUCAAGUUAGGUUGGACCAAGCAGCCGAAGGGUCGAGCGGAGAUGUUGCUUCUGGCAGUGCCUCGUCGAUCGACCCAAAAGGCUACUUGACGAGCUUGACUAAGUCCGAGAUGAAGGCUGGUGAAGUAGAGAUUGGGGACAUCAAACGCGUACGCACGCUUUUAGAAUCUGUGACAAAAACCAACCCUAAGCACUCCCCGGGAUGGAUAGCCAUUGCUCGUUUAGAGGAGAUCGCAGGAAGGAUUGGAGCUGCCAGGAAUUACAUUGCCAGGGGUUGUGAACUCUGUCCAAAAAGCGAGGAUGUUUGGUUAGAAAAUAUUCGGCUUAACGACAACCAUAAUGCAAAAAUCAUUGCGGCCAAUGCCAUUAAAAACAACGACCGAUCAACACGGCUCUGGAUUGAGGCUAUGAAACUCGAAUCCGACGCCCGAGCGAAAAAGAACGUUCUGAGGCAGGCCAUCCUUCACGUUCCCCAGUCCGUUACCAUUUGGAAAGAAGCUGUCAACCUAGAAGAGAACCCUGACGAUGCACGACUACUACUCGCCAAAGCGACUGAGAUGAUUCCACUCUCUGUUGAGCUAUGGCUGGCGUUGGCACGUUUAGAAACACCAGAAAAUGCGCAGAAGGUUCUCAACGCGGCUAGAAAAGCAGUACCUACUAGCCGUGACAUUUGGAUCGCUGCUGCUCGACUACAGGAGCAAAUGGGGACCGCACACAAGGUGAAUGUGAUGAAAAGAGCAGUCCAAUCUCUUGCUAGAGAUUCAGCUAUGCCAAAAAGAGAGGAAUGGAUCGUCGAGGCUGAAAAAUGCGAGGAGGAAGAUGCGGUUCUCACCUGUAAUGCCAUUAUUCGGGAAACCCUGGGUUGGGGCCUUGACGAAGACGAUGAUAGGAAGGAUAUCUGGAUGGAGGACGCCAAAGGGAGUAUUUCACGGGGAAAAUAUGAAACUGCGAGAGCUAUAUACGCGUAUGCACUCCGUGUCUUUGUCAACAAAAAGUCGAUCUGGCUUGCCGCUGCCGAUUUAGAACGCAACCAUGGUACUAAAGAAAGCCUUUGGCAGCUCCUUGAAAAGGGCGUGGAGGCGUGCCCUCAAUCUGAAGACCUCUGGAUGCAGCUAGCCAAGGAGAAAUGGCAAGCCGGCGAGAUCGAUAACACAAGGCGGGUGCUUGGACGGGCAUUCAACCAAAAUCCUAAUAACGAAGAUAUCUGGCUUGCGGCUGUGAAACUAGAAGCCGACACCGACCAGAUUGAACAGGCCAGGGAAUUGCUUUCAACAGCCCGACGCGAGGCAGGGACAGACAGGGUUUGGAUUAAAAGCGUUGCUUAUGAACGCCAGCUCGGCAACAAGGACCAUGCACUAGACCUAGUCAAUCAGGGUUUACAGUUAUAUCCCAAAGCCGAUAAACUCUGGAUGCUGAAAGGACAAAUAUAUGAGAGUGUGGGUCAACUUCAGCAGGCCCGCGAAGCGUAUGGUACGGGGGUCCGCGCCUGUCCUAAAUCAGUGCCUCUUUGGUUACUUGCGUCGAGACUUGAGGAGAAAGCUGGUGUUGUUGUAAAGGCGCGAUCUGUCCUCGAUCGUGCUCGGCUUGCUGUGCCUAAAAACGCAGAACUCUGGACGGAAAGCGUCAGGGUAGAACGCCGGGCCAACAAUAUUAGCCAAGCAAAGGCUCUAAUGUCCAAAGCGCUCCAAGAAGUUCCGAACUCAGGGUUAUUAUGGAGCGAGAGUAUAUGGCAUCUAGAGCCUCGAACGCACCGCAAACCCCGAAGUUUAGAAGCCAUUAAAAAGGUUGACAACGAUCCUAUUCUAUUCGUCACUGUCGCUCGAAUAUUUUGGGGCGAACGAAGACUAGAAAAGGCCAUGACGUGGUUUGAAAAGGCAAUUGUAGCGAAUAGCGAUCUCGGUGAUGUCUGGGCCUGGUAUUAUAAGUUUCUUCUCCAACAUGGGACAGAUGAAAAACGAGAAGACGUCCUGACAAAGUGCAUUGCCACCGAGCCGAAGCAUGGCGAGAUUUGGCAAACAGUGAGCAAGGAUCCCGCCAACGCCCAUAAAACCACUGAGGAGAUCCUAAAGAUUACCUUGAGCCGCUUAGAAUAG